GUUUGUGCAACAUGAGUAGAUAUGACGGCCAUAUCGCACAAAGACGAAGUUUGAGCAAAACGCUAUAGGCGGAGUGCUCAAUCGUUUAAGUUGUACAGUAUAUUUUUUCUACGACCCACUAAAAAAAUCUACAAAAUUAAAAUAUAAUUUUAGGUUAUUAAGUAACACUACGCUACUAAAUUCAACUUGUAUGAGCGGUGAUGAGCGGCAGGCGGCUUCGAUCACGCUUAAAUCUGUCUGACCACGCCUAAAAACUCAAAUUGGUUUCUGCACAUUAUGACGAAGUGUGCUCUUCACAAAAAAUUGAGCUCUACAAGUCUAGUAUGAGUCAGGCUACACCUCUGGGACAAGUUCCAAUUUUGGAAAUAGAUGGAAAACGUUACACUCAAACCAUGCCAAUUUGCAGAUACUUAGGAAGAUUGCUUAAAAUUGACGGCAAAGAUAUGUUAGAAGAUAUGGCUAUUGAUUCUGCUGUUGAAAUUAUUUGGGAUAUACUUAAAAUUGCUUAUGAACGCGCGAUGGGAGGAGGUAACGAAGAAAAAAAAAAGCAAUUAUUGGAUAAAUUACAUGAACAAAUGCCUGUGUUAUUAGGAAAAUUUGAAGAAGAUACCAAGAAAAAUGGAUUUAUUGCAACAAACAAACUUUCUUGGGCCGAUUUGGUGUUCCUUUGUGGAUACGAAGACAUGGAAAACCUUUUAGCGGGAGAAAACCCAUUUGCUAAAUACCCUCAUCUACAAAAAUUGAAAAAUAAACUUCUCGAAAAUAAAAAUAUUAAGGAAUAUCUCCUGAAAAGACCUACCAACACUAUGAUGACUGCUUACAACUUGAAAAAUGAUCUCAAAUGAUGUAAAAAAAUGAUUUGUUUUAAAUAAAUUUUUGUUUUUCUUAAAGUAU